AUGCACAAUGACUUCAAAAAACAUUGUGAAAUUCACAGCUACCUCUUAUCUUUGCUGAAGACUGCACAGAACCACCCUAUGGUAAGGACGGAUUCAACUAGUCUAAGUUUUAGUGAUAUUUUAUUCCUACUUUGUUUGUCUCAUGGUUGUUCAUAUAAAUGUGGUCUUUGGUUUUUGUGGUACAAACAUGAAACCACAUCGCUUUGAUUUCUUACUCAUGGUUCUUCCCUAUGCUCCUCAGCUGGUGGAGUUGAAGAAUGGAGAGACGUAUAAUGGACACUUGGUCAGUUGUGACAACUGGAUGAACAUCAAUUUACGAGAAGUAAAUAAGGGUUUGUCUAUAAGUACUUGUCGACACUCAAGAGUUGUGACCACUGAUCUGAAAUAUGUAUAUGGUUGCUUAAGUGGCUGAGUCUUUUUCACUAAUCAACUAUCACAAAAAUGUCCAUGUCUAGCCACAAGAUGGCACUAUUGACGGUCAAAAGAUUCAGCUUGUAGGAGGAGUGCUUCUACUAAGACUAAUGCUGAAAUUCUCCCCUAAUCCCAUUCACUCCUAUCGUUUAGGAUGGAGAUACAUUUUAGAGGAUCCCAGAGUGUUACAUAUGAGGAAGCACCAUAAAGUACCUGCGUAUCCCUGAUGAAAUCAUCGACAUGGUGAAGGAGGAGGUGGUGUCCAAGGGCCGCGGGCGAGGGGGCAUGCAGCAAAACAAACAGCAGGGCAAGGGCCGAGGGGGAGGAGCAGGAGCAGGCAGA